UCAUUGGCAGCCUACAAAAAAUGGCAAACGAAGAAGAAGCUGGAGCCUCUGCAAGCUAACGCUAUGUUUUUAGCAUUACGACAUUGCGCAACAUAGAGCUGGCCAGUUUGCUGUGGAGCUAUUAAUGGCUGGCAAAUCUGUCUCACCUUAUUACACUAAAAAUAGCCGUCUACAGUUUGUGUUCUCCAGUUAGCAGAUGUUUCAUAUCAAGCAGUUGUUUAUAUGAACCGUCAGCUCAGCUUGAAAAGAAAGAGUCACACUGUCAGCAGGACAUGCCCAGAGCAAGGUGGGAUCUGAGGACACAGAAAGUCCACGAGAAGUGACGAGGGGGCUUGAGGGCUCAUGUCACAAACACUCACACGCCUUGACUCUCACUUUGGACAUCACCUCAGCAUGCUGAAGACAGGAAGGAUGGAGCUGCUGAGAGCACUCGUCAGCGAGCGUUUGUCUGCAGCUGCAGAUGAAAUCUUCAAGAUUGUAGAAAGAACAAUUGUGGAAUAUGAAAAGAAAAUGACCUGUUCAAAGUGGGUGGUGGACAGCCACCACAGACUGCUGGAUGUUGCCAUGUCCCAUAGUGAAGACUCUCUCCAUAUGUCCGACACAGUGAGGUUGCAGUCUGGUCAGCAGCAGCCUGCUGCCAGUGUGAACGUCAGUGUGUGCUGGGAGGAACCAGGUAAUGCCACGUCAGAGCGUCCCAACAUGAACAACACUCAUUCAGACUGCUCUCCUGCCAGUGAAAAGGACCACAGGGACCAGGAGAUGUUGAUUAAUAUUGAAGAUAAUGAUGUGAAGCAGGAGUGUGACCUCAACAUGCCGUUAAAGAUCCUCAAAGUGAAGAAACCGUUCAAAUGUCCUGUUUGCAUGAGCACUUUUUCUUCCAAAAAGACGAUGGUACGUCACAUCAAAAAGCAUCCAGAGGACAAUUUGUCACUUUACCAGUGUCAGUUCUGUGACCGCUACUUCUGCCACAAGUCUGAAUUCAUCAUUCACACCAGAACACACACAGGCACCAAACCAUACAAGUGCCAAGGCUGUGAGAAAAGCUUUGACGAGAGGGAUAGUCUGCUUGUUCACAGACAACAACACACUGAGGAGAAACCAUAUUGGUGUUUAAGUGAAAAGGUGGUGGCAGAAACUCACCUCAGAUCAGCUGCCAUUAAGAUUAAAGAGCUGGGCUGCAGACAGGAGGAUUGUGGCAUUAAGACAUUUCCACUUACAUUCACUCCCUAUGAUAAAAGUGAGUUUGAUCAGGAGUCUCUGCAGCCCCUGUGUCUUUACCAAAUCCAGACUGUUGCUGAUAUAGAUAAAGACUCCUCGGCUGCAGUUACAGGUGAUCACAUGAAAGCUGAGCCUGCUGGAGAUGAUGGAGUAUCAGACAGUACCACAGAUGAUCAGUUGCUGCUUUCAGUGAACCCGAGUGAACAGGGUGAAGAUGAGACUGAGCCAAAACGUCUCAACAUGAAAAAUAUCCUGCCGAGAAGACCUUCAGGAAAAUCCACCGAGCUCAUCGUUCAGUUUGAAGCAGGAACAACACAGAAACCUUACAGGUGUCCUUGUUGUGCCAAAUGUUUCUCCUUGAAUAAGACUUUAAUAAGACACGUGAGGAUCCACACGGAGGACAAACAGUAUCAGUGCCAGUUUUGUGGGAGGAACUUCUGUCAGAAGUCAGAUCUGGUCAAUCAUACGAGGAUACACACAGGAGAGAGACCAUAUCACUGCCAAGAAUGUUACAAAUCAUUUGCACAGAAAGGCAACCUGGUGGUUCACAUGAGGAAACACGCAGGAGAUAAACCGUAUCAGUGCCAAGAGUGCAGCUGUAGCUUUAAUCAGAGGUCCUCUUUGGACUGUCACAUGCAGAACCACAGACUGUGUGAGGAGUUCACAGCUUUGUCUUAAGUCUGGCCAUCAAACCUCAAUACUUUUUAGUGUCUGUAGCAACUAAAGUACUGAAAACUGUGAUUGAAUGUCUUGUCUGUCUUGUUUACUAAUUCUAUGAUUAUAUAAUUCUGAUUGAAAUCAAACUGACCACAAGGUCCAGAACUAAAGUCCUGUUUCCUGACGAGGCGUGUCACACAGUGAACACAUUAAAGCACCAUUCACACAGCUGCAGGGUGUCAGCAGGAGAGUUCUGUUUCAGACUCCCAGUAGUUGCUGGUUGUUAGUAGUUAUUAUUCACAUAUCUUUAACAGAAAAAACCCACUCCUGAUCUUCUGUGCAUGAUUGUCUGAAUAUUUCUCUGUACCACGUUUAAAGUCAGUCAACUGUUCCUGGUGAUCAUUACUGCAGCCUGUGUCUGUGAUAAAGUUCUUGUCCUGCUACUUGUGUUUAAAAAAUAUUCAGUAUUUGAAAGUUUUGGCUUUUAUUAAUGAAUAAAAGGAGAAACCAGUAUUGUAUCAGUAAUAUAUUCCUAACCAGCCCUAUUUGACACGGCUGCUAUCACCUGUAAAGUCCCUCUGGUCACACUGAUGAUGUCUAAUGGCUAAUGUCUCAGUGCUGUUGAUAGAUUGUCAGUGUGGCGAGUCCCAAGCACCCACAGGUGCUGGGUGUUAGUAGGACCCAAAUAAAGAAAUGUGUCAAAAAGUCUAAAUGUUAUCCUUCUACUUUGUCAUUGUCAUCUUUAGUGGUUAUUUGCAUAA